AUGAAUACAGUUAGAAAAGUUAAAACAAGAGCACCUAGAUCACGGGACGAAAUAAUAUCCAAACAACUCGCAUGGCUACUUCGUCAUGGAGCACAAAAGGAAGGUCUCUCCAUCGAUUCUCAAGGAUACGUCCCCGUCCCUGAAGUGUUGGCCCACAAUAAACUCAAAUCCAACAAGACGACUUUUGAAGACCUCCAGCGGAUUGUCGGCAAUGACAAAAAACAACGGUACACUCUCAAGUCUGAUGACGAUUCCGAUCCCAAAAAAUCGCGAAUUUGCGCUAACCAGGGCCAUUCUCUUCAACAAAUAGAAGUGGAGCUCACAAAGCUUGAUGAUUCAUUCACUGAUGCCAUCAUUCACGGGACCUCAAUAUCUGCUUGGAAAUUGAUCAAUGAGUCUGGUGCACUCUCUAGAAUGACCCGUAAUCACAUUCAUUUUGCUGUUGAUGUUCCUGCAAAUAACAAUAGCAAGGUCAUCAGUGGGAUGAGAAACUCUUCCAACGUUUUCAUCUAUAUUGAUAAAGAGAAAGCCGAAAAGCAGGGAAUCGAGUUCUACAGAAGUAUUAAUCAGGCGAUAUUGAGCAGUGGGAAUUCUGAAGGGAAGAUCCCGGUUGAGUGUUUCGCUAAAGUGGUGGACCGCCAGGGAAACUACUUGCGAUAA